UAUAUAUGUAUAUAUUUAUAGACGUUUCUAAAAUGUUUUCAAAGCAUAAAAAAAUCAAAAGUUACGUUUCUACGUUUUGAAAUGUUUUGUUUCAACGUAUCCGUUUCCGUUUCCAUGCAACCUAGGUAAUAAAUGUACUUAAGACUGUUUUAGUCAUUUAGAUGAUUUUAUCGAAAACAAACUAAUUUUAGUUCACUAAACCAUUUUGAACAAAACUUUGGUCAAAAUUUUGUCAUUAAUUACGUACCGACGAAAAAUUGGUUGGUCGUAAAUUAAAAACAGUUUGACCAUUAAAUUUUGAUAAAUAUUUCACUAAAUAAAAAUUGGUUUUUAGUGAAAAAAUAUAUUACAGAUUAUUUUAGACAUUUAUUCAUAAGAAUAUACAAAAAAUACCAAUAUUUUAAAAAAUAUUUAUGGUAUGCCUAUAAAGAGCGCAAUGUUAUUGCAACCCCAAUUCAAUUUAUAAAAGAAAAGUGAAAAGAACAGAAGCAUUUCCAAAGCAAGCAAUAGUGCAAAAAAAUCAUCUAUGGACGGUCCGGAGAAUAGCCGCCUUAAAAUCGUCAGUCUCGACACCGAACUGUCCAUAGAGACUAUUCCUAAUGAACUCAUCAUCGAGAUACUCUCAAGAGUACCUGCGAAAUCCAUCGCAACUUGCCGCCGCGUCUUGAAGGAAUGGAAAUCCUUACUUCUUACUCCAGCUUUCACAGAUUCUUUUCUAACCAUUUCAUCAGCGCAGCCACGUAUUUUGCUCACCUUUAAAUGUAGCGGUAAGUGGCAUUUCUGUACAGCUCCUCAGCCUCAACAUCUUGAUGAAGAGUUAAGUGUUGUAGAAGCAGAUUAUCAUAUGAGAUUAAAUGGAGGUUCGGGACCCGAAAGCUGUCUAUCUGUCCAGGGAUUUACGUGUCUUAUCGAUCGACCGAAAAUAAUGGGAAAGUACGAAAGGGUUCCUGUGAUAUGUAACCCUUCCACGGGCCAACACCUAACUUUACCCAAAGUUAAAGCGAAGAAUUCUGAUUUGAGAACCUUUUUUGGGUAUGAUCCCAUCAAAAAACAGUUCAAGGUUCUGUGCAUGACCGUGACAAACUACAGAAAACAAGUUAACUCCAAGGAGCAUCAAGUUCUGACGAAAGAGAAGGGAAGACUAUCCUGGAGAAAGAUCAUAUGUUUGUUUCCGCAUUAUCCUGAACGUGAGAGAGAUGGGAUAUGCAUCAACGGGAUUUUGUAUUACAUAGCUCGGUCGGACAAUACUUGUUUGAUAGCAUCCUUUGAUGUUGGGUCUGAAGAAUUUAGACUAAUAAAUAUGCCGGAGGGCUCUAACUUAACUUACAUUUCGGCUUUGGUGAAUUUCAAGGGAAAGCUAUGUGCUGUGGUGGUGAAUAGUGGUAGUCAUGGUGAGUUAUGGGUUCUAGACGAUACCCAGAAAGAGAAAUGGUCCAAGCAUAGCUUUGAUUCCCCAAAUACAGAUUUUGAGGAAGUAAAGUCAACAUGGGCUACUGAUACAGGUGAAAUUGCUUGGGUCCUAAGUCGUUGGAAAAAUCCAUUCCAUGUUUUCUUUUACAACCUGGAUAGCAAGAGUGUCAGAAGAGUUGAAAUUAAAGGAAUUGAUGAUAAGGUAUUGCUGGGUAAAGAUCGUGUUAUACAACAUUUAAGUGUUACAAGCUAUGUUGAAAAUGUUAUGAUUCUGUAAUAACUUUGGGUCUAAUCCCCGGUUUGGUUCUAAAUGUUUCCUUUAUUUGAUCAUUUCUGAUUUGUAUAAUAGUUCUGUGAAUGUUUCUCCGUCUUGGUUGUUGCUUAUGGAUAUUGUCUUGAAUUUAUCUGAAUUUCUUUUUCUAAUUUGACUCUCUUUCAAUCUUACUCGACUCAUGUUUUGUUUUUAUAAAAAAAAUUAUACACACUUAUGUAUCACUUACGGAUUGCGUCGAGUUAGAGAAGAAAAAAAAACUACAUAGCAAAAGAUGAUAAUUUUUUUUCAUAGGAAAUUUCACAAUAGUAAUUUUACUGCUAUUUCUUUGGUUUAAUUUGCUUGCUAAAGCUUGUUAUGGCGAGCGUGAAUGCUUUAAACAAGCCAACAAUGAUCAUAGCAGAGAGAAGAAGCAAGAAUAUAGUAAGCUUAUCAAGUUUCUUCAUGUUAAAACAUAAGUAAACUUAAGCCAAGAAAGAUUGUAGACACUGGAAACAAAAUAAAGGAGGUCUUUUAGCUAUUAGGGUCUUAAUUAACUAACACUUGUUUGAUUGUGUUUACCGAUUCCAAGACAAUAAAAAAGGAGAUAAAACCUUGAAAUUAUAUGUUCAAACCCUGUUGUAUGCAACCGACUUGCUGAAGAGCUUGCGGAU